UCCAUCUUUUUUAUUAACCAUACAGAGUUACGGAACAUCAUAGACAAACUGGCUCAGUUCGUGGCUCGCAAUGGACCAGAGUUCGAGCAGAUGACAAAAAACAAGCAGAAGGACAACCCAAAAUUUGGUUUCCUGUUCGGUGGAGAGCACUUCAACUACUAUCAAUACAAAGUGACUACAGAGCAAGCCAUUUUAAAGCAAAAAGGAAUAAAUCCAAUGCAAAAUGCAGACCCACGUUUAAACGUUUCGCAGCAGCAGCAAACAGCCGUUACCGUCGCGCAGCCACUGAAUAACGUCAAUCUUGCACCUGGCCUAAAUACUCAAAACAAUGGAUUAAACCCGGUUGUGGGAAUUGGACCAGUGGGAAAUCAAGGUGGUCCGGUUAUACCUGGAGUACCAGGACAAAUUGGAGGGCCAGGAAAUGCAGGACCGCCAAUUGGACCAGUUCCUGGUGCUAUGGGAGGUGUGAAUCCAUCUAUUGGUGGUGUGAAUCAACCGGUUAACAUUGGAGGACCUCCUGGAUGGCUUCAAAAUGAGUUAGCAAACCUUCAGUCACAGCAGACCACGUUACAGGAACAAGUUAGACAAUCAGAACAAAAUUUGGCUGCGCAACAUGCUGCAUUGAUGGCACAACAACAAGGAAGGGUUGAGGAUGCUGUGAGACAAGCUCAAGAAACAGCUUUACAAAAUAGUGCACAAAGCACAAAUACAGAUCUUACUGCAUUUGAUGCAGUAUUACAGCCUAUUAUUGAUAGCUGCACAAAGGAUAGUAUAAGUGCAGGAAAAGCCUGGAUACUCCAAAAUUCGGUUACUCCGCAAAGUAAUCAAGUCGUUGCGGAUCACUUGCUGAAAAAAGUGAUUCAGGCAACAAAUUUUAGUCAUAAACUUCACAUCAUCUAUCUGGUCAACGAUGUCUUACAUCAUUGUGCAAGAAAAAAAUCUAUGGAUCUUCGCAAGGCGAUGGAAAGUGUUGUUGUUCCCAUGUUCUGUAACACUUCACUAGCUGCAUCAGAAGAACAACUUAAUAAAUUAAAUAAACUAUUAAGUUUGUGGGAGUCAAAAAAUAAUUACUUUGAUGAAGGAAUUAUAGAUAAAUUGAAACAACCAAGUACAUCUUGGUCUGAAUAUCAGGCUAACUUGGUUGCACAACAUGCCAGCGCUAUUACACCAAUCACUACAUCAACAAAACAAACUUUUGAUAAUUAUCAAGCACAACAUCAAGCAUUUGUUACACAUGCUUUAAGACAAAUUCAAAAUAUCGAGCAACAAAAAAUUGCAAUUGAUCAACAAUUGAAAGCUCCUCCUCCACCACCACCACAAUUGAAUCAACAGAAUAUGUCUAUGCCACCUAGUCAUUCCGGUCCUCCAGCUCCAAUAAGCACAGAUGUAAAUUUCAGUCAACCACCACCUGGAUGGGGUGUACCACCUGGAAAUGAACCUCCACCAUUUUCAAAUGUUCCAUUACCAGACUUUUCAAAACCUCCACCUGGAUUUGGUCCACCACCUGUUAUACACGAGCCCUCUGUUGAAGAUUUAAUGCCCAGUAUGCCUUAUUACGAACUUCCUGCUGGCUUGAUGGUGCCCUUAAUCAAAUUAGAAGAUGCUGAAUAUAAACCUUUGGAUCCAGAAGCUAUUAGACUACCACCUCCUGCCCCUCCAAGCGAACGACUAGUAGCUGCUGUCGAAGCAUUUUAUGCACCACCGAAUCAUGACUCUCCACGGGACAGUGACGGUUGGGAAAAAUUAGGUUUAUACGAGUAUUACAAAGCAAAAAAUGCCGCACGUAAACGUAAAGAAGAAGAUAUAAUAGCUGGUAUAAGACAAAAAUCAAAAUCGCCAUCACCAAUUCUAAGGCCAAGAUCUAAAAGUCCUAGUCCACCAAAGAAACGAUAUCGAAGUAAAUCGCGAAGUAGAUCACGCUCAAGAUCUAGAGGUAGAAGCAGAUCUAGAUCUCCCGCUGCCAAUCACAGACGUAACAGUCGUAACAGCAAUCAUAAUAACAGAAGCAGAAGAAGGAGAAAUAGCAACAAGGAUCGAAGUCCUGAUAGGAGAAUGGAUAGGCAAGAUCGAAGUCCAACUCCGCCCAGUUUUCUCGGAUCAACUUACAGUAAAGCUCCUCAAGAAAUUAGCCUCGACGAAAGUAACAAAGGUCAUCAGUUGCUCAAAAAGAUGGGUUGGGGAGGUGCGGGACUUGGUGCCAAUGAACAGGGUAUUGAAGCUCCAAUAUCGGGAGGUGAAAUUAGAGAUAAAAAUGAUCAGUAUAAAGGCGUCGGUAUUAAUCUAAAUGAUCCAUAUGAGAACUUUAGAAAGAGUAAAGGUCAAGCAUUUAUAACUAGAAUGAAAGCGAGAGCGGAAGAACGUGCCGAGGAAAGAGGCGAACGGGACUGAAUAUAAUCGAGAUAAACAAUUAAUUUGUCUAUAACCGUUUCGAUGAAAUAUAAUUAUCGCAUGCAGCAUGAAUUCGCAUGCUCCCACAAUUAUAAUCGACACAAGUUUUCAACAAUCAAUCUUUUUCAAUCAAUCAUAACACAUGUAAUGUUUUUAUUCGGUGAUUUUAAUAUUUUUUUCAAUCGCUAUUAGCCUAACGAAUAGUUUAUAUCCAUUUCCCCAUCGCGUUAUAUCAAUAUUAUAUAAUAAUUGUUUAUUAUUGAAAUUGCAAAGUUAUAACUAUAUAUGUUUUAGAAUUUUAUAUUCUCGUUAAAAGUAACGAUCAAUUAUUUCAUAUUUUUAAAUAUUUCAAAAAAAAAAACAAAAAAUAAUCAUCUAAAUAUCGUGUCGAUCAUUCGUGGGUGCAAACCAUUUAUCUGUAUAUUUCCAAAUGAGGAAAAUACUACGAGUGAAUGAUGAAAGAAAAGAAGAAUUGUUUAUAAAAAUAAUUAUGUACUUGUCAAUUUAUAAUUAAGACAAGCGAUAUAUAAGUUUAUGAUCACAUAUGCACCAGAAAUAUUACAAAUUUUAUGGUGCAUAAACAACAAAAAAAAUAUACGAUUUUAUGCAUCUCUUGUACAUUAUGUACAAAACUACUACUCGAUUUUCGGCAAGAUUACCAUUAAUGAUAAUACAUGAUUUAUCUAUUACUAAUUUGAGAUAUCUUGAUAAAAAUAACAACCAAAAGAUUAAUCAAAGUCGACCAAUCGCACGGUUUACGUCCAUCGCGAAUUAAAUAUGCAACAUUAUAUAUUAUAUUCCACAUAACAUCUACUAAAAUUAAUUCUGCUCCAAUGUAAAACAGUGAUAAACUAAUUUGCUAAAUGUCUGUAUAAGAGAAUAAGAGGACCUUCAUUGUGCAGUCAUCAUUCGCACGUGGAAAAAAAAAAAUGGAACUAAAAAAAGUACUUGUAUUUAGUAAGUUAAUAUAAUAAAUGACUAUAUUGGAUACAUAAAAAUAAAUUGAUAAAUAAAUACUGUAUGUUCAAACACAAUGAUAGAAAAAUUAUAGAAAAAGAACGAGGAAAAGAAAGGAAGAAAUAUUGAUUAAAAUUAACAACUCUUCAAUUUAAGAAAAUCUCAACAUCCGAUGGUAUUGUUAAUUGUCAGAAUUGCCUUCUUGAACUCCCCCAGCGGCAGUAGAUAUUGAAACCGAAUAAAUCCAACGUCAAACCGGUUUCACAGCGAUAAGAGUCAGAAGUUACAUGCUUGGUGGCGUAAACAAAGCCACUAUGUAUUCUUAAUAAUUAUCUUACAAAGUCGUCUUCAAUUUUAAUAUUCUUUUUAUAAUUAUGUUUUUUAAGUAUUUUUUUAUCCGUAUACAUUUAUAUUAAAGUGUAAUAUGUUUUUAAAGAUUUUAACAUAUUAAUGAGAUGUUGGGGUUUAUUAGAUUGGAAAGCGAUAUUUAUAGUUUUUAAAAUGAUUGCGUAUUUUAAUUUUGAUUCAAUAAUCGCUUUUCUUCUUUCAAAUACAUCAUUAUAUAGUCGUAAUAUCGUUUCAUAACAUUUUUCAAAAAUUUUAAAGAUAAUUAGCUCUCGAGAACCGUAAACAUUAAGAUCAACGAUGAUUCUGCAAUAUCCAGCGCCCUUCUUGAGAAAUAAUUUCGUUGAUGGCAAAGGUCGAUGAUAAAAUGCAAUAAUAAAUAAAAAAGCAAACUGGAAUUAAUAAAUUAAAACACUUGGUUUAUAGGAGAAUAUUUUCUGUUGUACAAUCUAUGUAGAUGGUAUUAUUGUAUCAAUAUCUUCAGAUAUAGUUGUGUCAAUGC